AUGUCAAAGCCAGUUGUUUUAAGAUUAGGUGCCAUUAAGUACGCUCAAGAAGCAUGGGAGGAGCUUUCCAAGAUCGCUAAAGUGGUUACUAUAGAUCCAUCAACCACCCGUUCGCAAUUUCUUGCUCUUUGCCAAGAUCCUUCGAGUGAGGUGUCUAAAGCGCAGGUAAUUUCAAGAACAUUUGCAAGUGUGCAGCAAACUGGUCGUUUCGAUCAAGAAUUGGCCAAGGUAUUGCCUUCUUCAGUAGUUGCUAUCUGCCACAAUGGUGCGGGAUACGAUCAGAUCGACACGCCUUUCUUUAAGGAGAAAAAGAUUCAAGUCAGCAACGUUCCAGAGCUAGUUAACGAUGCGACAGCAGACACGCAUGUCUUUUUGCUUCUUGGGGCACUUAGAAACUUCGAGUACGGUCAUCGCUUGAUGCUCGAAGGUAAGUGGCCUUCUUCUGGGGCAGCUGCAGGCGCCCCAGUAGGACAUGACCCAGCAGGCAAAACCGUCGGUGUAUUGGGUCUUGGAGGAAUUGGCCGUUCGAUUGUGGAGAGACUACAACCAUUCGGAUUCAAGAAGUUUAUCUACCACAACAGAAAUAGACUAUCCCCUGAAUUGGAAAACGGUUGUGAGUACGUAUCUUUUGAAGAAUUGUUGAAGCAAUCCGACGUCGUUUCCAUCAACAUUCCCUUGAACCCACACACAAGGCACAUAAUUGAUGAGGCAGCAAUUUCUAAGAUGAAGGAUGGCGUAGUGAUUGUAAACACAGCAAGAGGUGCUGUGAUUGACGAGGCUGCUUUAAUUGCGGCCUUGAAGUCCGGUAAAGUCAGAUCUGCUGGUAUGGAUGUCUUCGAGCAUGAACCUCAAGUUCCUCAGGAACUACUAGACUUGCCUAACGUUUGUGCAGUUCCACAUAUGGGCACCCAUACAGUUGAGACUAUCAAGAAAAUGGAAGAGUUUGUAGUUGAGAAUGUUAAAUCAGUGAUAGAGUCUGGUAAGGUUUUGACUAUUGUCCCUGAGUUGAAGAAUGAAGCCUGGGUUAACGCGGUUAAACCUCUAGUCUAA